AUGCUGGGGUUCAAGAGGAAACGGACGAACACCAACAACAACAACAACAACACGAUGAAUUUCGCUCCAGACUUGCUGGAUGAUCUGAUGCUGGAUGACCGCUACUUGGACGAGAACGCUAUCCUGGAUGACUACGACACCGCCGAGGCCGCCCUCGACCCCGUGCGGUACAAGAAGCAGCGCACGGUGUCCUUGCCGCAGCUGCCACACUCGCGGCUCUCUUACUCGUACUUCGUCAACACCCUGGACGGCUCCAACAGCGCUGCGAUGACUCACGCGACUGCGAACUUGAGCUCAGCAAACAUGGGCACAGCAAACCAGGGACUGCCACACCAGGCACUGGGAAGCGCGUACACACACCACAGAUACCCGGCCGACGACAACGAUAUGUCCUCGCUCCUGGACGCAUCGCUGUACAUGGGCCAGAAUGCGCACGCAGCGCUGGCACAGCCGGCGCUCAAGUCCGGAAACUGGGUCACCCCGCCAGCACGCAUACAGAACGACGACGAGCUGCUGCACUUGACCGGCUCUUCAAGCAAGACCCUCGAGGGCAACAGAAGCGUGCAGCUGAAGGUGGCCCACAGCGUCUCCCCUUUCACAAACGAGAACUCAACGGGCGCCGCCUCAGGAAUAAGCGCAGGUUUCAAAAAUAGCUUCAAGAGACUUCUCUCCCAUGAACAACAACCAUACGACGAUAACAUACCAAGACGCAGCAGUAUCGCGUCCAGAAGACGCAGCAGUGUGAAAAGGGUGCAGGACGCCCAAGGAUCACUUCCGAAUAUGAACUACUUCCAAACAGACAAAGACGGUCACUACAUAUACCAGGAAAACGACGUGUUUGGCUCAAACGGCCAGUUCGUCGUUAAGGAAUUGCUGGGGCAAGGCACCUUCGGGAAAGUCUUGAAAUGCGUAGAUACUUACUCCCCAAAUAACAAAUUUGUGGCAGUGAAAGUCAUAAGAGCUGUAGACAGAUACAGAGAGGCAGCCAAAACAGAAUUAAGAGUGCUAAGCACUAUAUUAGAAAAUGACCCAGUAGGCCAAUUCCAAUGCUUACUGCUUAGAGAUUGUUUUGAUUAUAAAAAUCACAUAUGCCUGGUAACGGACCUGUACGGAAGAUCGGUAUACGACUUUAUGUGUUCUAAUGGUGUGGCUAGAUUUCCUGGGUCCCACAUACAGGCAAUAGCUAGACAGUUGAUCAGAUCUGUAUGUUUCUUGCAUGAUAUGGGCAUUAUACAUACUGAUUUAAAACCGGAAAAUAUCCUGUUGGUGGACGAAUCUUAUGUGGAGUAUGACCUUCCACAAAACGUGAUAGAUUCUAUGAGUAACAGAAGGCGAGCUGCCUCUCAGGGAAAGAGAAAGAUACUGACCAAUCCGGAAAUUAAGAUUAUUGAUUUUGGAAGUGCAGUUUUUCAUAAGGAAUAUCACCCACCAGUUAUAUCAACAAGACAUUAUCGUGCUCCAGAAAUUGUUUUAGGUCUGGGGUGGUCUUUCCCAUGCGAUGUUUGGUCAAUAGCAUGCGUAUUGGUGGAGCUAGUAAUUGGAGAAUCUCUAUACCCAAUUCAUGAAAAUUUGGAACAUAUGGCGAUGAUGCAAAGAAUUAACGGUACUCCUUUUCCUACAAAAUUGAUCGAUAAGAUGUUUUACAAGGUAAGACACAAACUAGGAAAUUUGCCAUCAGAUCUCAAUACCACGGUUGUUAGACACUUCAAUAGACAAUCACUAACUUUGCAGUGGCCAGAAAAAAAUAAGCGGGGCGAAAUAGUUACUACAGAAAAAUCAAUGAAAAGAGUAAUGGAGUCUUGUGAUAGAUUGGAUGUCUAUAUAUCAAGAGUCCUAAAACAAGAUUAUGGUGAACGACUAAGUAUAAACUGGAACCUUUCACCCGAUAAAAAUUGGAGUUUAGUCAGUUCAAAACUUUUAUGGAGGGGUCAUCAGCAUUAUGAUGGCAACAUCUACGAGGGCUCUCAUAUGUUCCCUCCACAGCAUAAAUUAGAUAAGGACUCUUUCUUGUUCUGGUACUGGUUUGUCGAUCUAUGUCGUAAAAUGUUUGAAUUUGAUCCAACUAAGAGAAUUACAGCGAGGAAGGCAUUGGAUCAUGAAUGGUUCAAUUUGGGAAUUUUUGAUGAAGGUAUUACAAACUUUGCAAAUCCAAGAGCAAACUAUAGAAACUCCAUUUAA